UUCAUCCAAACAGACAUGGGAAUCUGUUUGACCUUUCAGGCAACAGUCAAGACUGUUAAAACUGCUCUGUCACGUCACAGUCAAACAGGACUGGCAGCGGGCGACCCGUUCACCGAGGAACCGUCCGACAAAACCGGCAAGACCGACGGCUAUUGCAGCCCCAUUUUGCGGGCGCAGAGCAACCGAAAAGACGGGAACAAUGAGUUUCGGCUGCGAGUAGAAGGAGAUCCGGAGAGCUACCAGCCUGGAAGCACAUACAGAGUGACUCUGUCUGCAUCCAGCCCCUCCUACUUCAGAGGGUUCACUCUCAUCGCCCUGAAGGAGGGCACCGUGGGAGACAAGGACGAGGACUAUAUAGGGAAUUUCCAGAUAAUUGAUGAGGAGGAAACGCAGUUUAUGACCAACUGCCCGCCUGCGGUGACGGAGAGCACUCCUCGCCGGCGCACCAGCAUCCAGGUGUUCUGGACAGCGCCCCCCAGUGGCUCGGGAUGCAUCACCCUCAAGGCAAGCAUUGUUCAAAAGAGGAUCAUCUAUUUCCAGGAUGAAGGCUCUCUCACUAAGAGAAUGUGCGAGAAAGAAUCCCUCUACGGGGACACAACCGAUAAACCUCUGCUUGACUGCUGCUCCUGUGGCACGGCAAAGUACAGAGUCACCUUCUACGGGAACUGGUCAGAGAAGAUUCAUCCCAAAGACUACCCUCGUCGUGCAAACCACUGGUCGGCCAUCAUCGGAGCAUCCCACUCCAAGGAGUACGUGCUGUGGGAAUACGGCGGUCUGGCCAGUGAAGGGGUCAAGCAGGUGGCAGAACUGGGAUCUCCUGUCAAGAUGGAGGAGGAGAUCAGACAGAAGGGUGAUGAGGUCCUUACUGUCAUCAAAAUGAAAGCGCAGUGGCCCGCCUGGCAGCCACUUAACGUACGUGCCGCCCCCUCAGCUGAGUUCUCAGUGGACCGGACGCGACACCUCAUGUCCUUCCUCACCAUGUUGGGACCCAGUCCGGAUUGGAACGUCGGCCUGUCAGCUGAGGACUUGUGUACCAAGGAGUGCGGCUGGGCACAGAGAGUAGUCCAAGACCUGAUACCCUGGGAUGCUGGGACGGACAGCGGCGUGUCGUAUGAGUCUCCCAACAAACCAUCUUCGCCUCAGGAUAAGAUCCGCCCCUUGACAAGUUUGGACCAUCCUCAAAGCCCCUUCUACGAUCCUGAGGGGGGCGCCAUCACCCCGGUGGCCAGGGUGGUCGUCGAGCGCAUUGCCCGAAAGGGUGAACAGUGCAACAUUGUGCCGGACAAUGUGGAUGACAUUGUGGCGGAUAUCGCCCAGGAGGAGAAAGAGGAAGAUGAUACUCCAGAGACCUGCAUCUACUCCAACUGGUCCCCGUGGUCGGCCUGCAGUUCAGCCACUUGCGAGAAGGGCAAGCGGAUGAGACAGAGGAUGCUGAAGGCCCAGUUGGACCUGAGUGUCCCCUGUCCUCACACGCAGGACUUUGAGCCGUGCAUGGGGCCUGGGUGCAGCGACGAGGAUGCCUCCACCUGCAUGAUGUCAGAGUGGAUCACCUGGUCUCCGUGCAGCGUGUCCUGCGGGCCCGGCACACGCUCCCGGGAGCGUUACGUCAAGCAGUUUCCUGACGACGGCUCCAUCUGCAACGUGCCUACGGAGGAAACAGAAGACUGCGUUGUCAACGAAGAGUGCACUCCCAGCAGCUGCCUGGUAACAGAGUGGGGUGAGUGGGACCUGUGCAGUGCCACGUGUGGACUUGGCAUGAGGCGGCGGGAGCGCAUGGUGAAAAUGCCUCCUGCUGAUGGUUCCAUUUGUGGAGCUGAGGUGUUGGAGGUGGAGAAGUGCAUGAUGCCAGAGUGUCACACGAUCCCUUGCAUGCUGACGCUCUGGUCCGACUGGAGCGACUGCAGUGUCACAUGUGGCAAAGGUCUCAGGACCCGUCAGCGAAUGCUCAAGUCUCCGGUGGAGCUGGGAGAUUGUACAGAAGAGUUGGACCAGGUGGAGAAAUGCAUGUUACCGGAAUGUCCCGUCAACUGUGUCAUGUCCGAGUGGAGCGAGUGGUCUGAGUGCAACAAGUCCUGCGGCAAGGGCCACACCAUCCGGACACGCAUGGUCAAGCUGGAGCCCCAGUUCGGAGGGGACCACUGUCCCGAAACCAUCCAACGGAAGAAGUGCAAGAUUAGGAAGUGCAGCCGAGGGCAAGCCAACAGCGACGAGAAGAGACGCCGCAAAGAGCAGCGCGAAAAGAGGAGAAGCAAACUGGGACGGAGCGAAAUUGCUGCUGAGCAUCCAGGCUGUAAAAUGAGGCCGUGGUCGAGCUGGACGGAAUGUACCAAGAUGUGCGGCGGAGGGAUUCAGGAGCGGCUCAUGACGGUCAAACAAAAGUCAAAAACUACUCAGCUGUCCAGCUGCAAAGACAGAAAGGAGAUCAGGGCUUGUAACGUGCACCCCUGCUAGGUCGGCAUGGAGGCUCCGCGGCGGGCAGGGUUGGAGGGGCAGGGGGCGGGGGGGUGGAGGGGUUGACUUGCUAACCGAGGGUCACGACACGACGCGCCAUGCCAUCCCUGGAAGAGCCGACGCGCUCGGCGAGAGCCGAGACGGCACGUACUUGAAUCAAGUUGAUGAAAUCUAGAACCAAGAAAUUUCAAGGGGAAGUUCCUAGGACCAGUCUGGAUUUAUCGAGCUGAAUCUGGUAUGUUUGGCCGGACCUGCUCCGACACUCUCGCAGGGUGAUCGUAAACGUGUCGUGGUGAAUCUUAAAUAUGAGUCGAUUUAAUAACAAGAAUCCUGUUCAAUAUUGUGGUAUCCUUUAGUAGUACAGUGUAUUAAAGCCUUUCAAAGCACAGGUGUCCAGCCAUUCCAGUGUUUUAUAUGGAUUUCAAUCAUUUGGUUGUUUUCGAAGGACACUGAACGCUCUGUUGAAUUUCUACCCGGAAAUAUUGUUGUACAUUUAGAAGCCCCACGAAUGGUUUUUAGCGUUAUUUUGCAGUGGAAUUUUUUGAUAUGAACGUGUCCUUAGAUUCUUACCAAAGUCUUGUGUAUAUGUUUUGUAGAUGUAUUUGCCACAUUCUUUUCUUCAGUUCCUCUAACAUGUUAAUAUUUUGGAAUA